AGCGUUGCUUCUAGAUUAGCCACGGUCGGCUAUCCCUGUCGUCUCUCUCUCUCUCUCUCUCUCAAAAACUCUCUCUCUCUCUCUUUAGCUGCUGCAUGUCGGUCUCAGCCAAAUUCCCAUUUACUUACGCCCACUUCUUCUUCCAAUCUCUCUCUCUCUCUCUCUCUCUCUAGGUUCCACUUCUUCUGAUUUUCUCUGGGCUUUUUCUGUUCAUCCGUCAAUCCUGUGAUCCCAACAGUCACUGAUCAUACUAUUUUCACUCACCUUAGCUGUCGAUCUUUUCUGGGUUAGUUUUAAAUGUCCGAACAGGCAAUGUCAAUGGUUGAUCCGAGUGAUAAAGGGUCAGAAUCCGAAGACCUGAAUUCCAAAACCUCAGAAUCCGAAGGAAGCCACGUUAAGACCUGCGCCGAUUGUGGAACCACCAAGACCCCUCUCUGGAGAGGAGGCCCCGCUGGUCCCAAGUCACUGUGCAAUGCGUGCGGGAUCCGGAGCAGGAAGAAGAGGAGAGCCCUUCUGGGUCUGAGCAAGGGCUCAUCAACGGUGGAGAAGAAAUCAAAGAGAACUGGCCAUCAAAGCAGCUCCAGUAGCAGUAACAGUAGAAGCAGCGGCGGCGACAAUAGCAGUUUCGGGGAGUCAGUGAAGAGGAAGCUAAUGGGAGAGGAGGCGUUGCAGAGAUCGAACAUAGAGAAGAUGAGAAGGAAGCUGGGAGAGGAAGAGCAAGCGGCCAUGCUUCUAAUGGCUCUUUCUUGUGGCUCUGUUUAUGCUUAGAAUUCUACCCUUUUAAUCUUUUUAGUAAUUAGCUACUAAUGAGAAAGAAGAUCAUUUGCUUCUUCUGUCACAAUUGUAUCUUCUGCUAUCUUUCCAAGAGAAUUUUGCUC